CAGAAUGGAAAAAGGCGAAAUCACUCUGAAAAGUUUAUAUAAGCAGCAAGAGCCUCGCCUGAAGCAGCUGAGCAAAGGCGUCCUAGUCUGCCGGUGCAGAGCAUAUACCACAGAGUCGAGGAGUUGAACAGAAAGAAAGAUAUUGUGUGUCUUAUCUUAUCAUAUCCUCCUAUGAAUUCCAUGAACAAAGAGAGACACAAGAACUGGGUUCGGGAUGUUUUGUGGAUGAAUCACAAAGUGAGGGAAUGGAAAAUAUUUUCAAGCAAGAAAAAUAAGGUUUUCGAUUCAGACAUAUUUGAAAUCCAUGCACUGCUGGAUCACAAGUUCGAUGAUAUUGAAGCUUAUGUUCCACCACUGAUCAUUAAGAAGAUGUGUAAGAAAACUUGGCCAGUAACACAGCCUGAUGAAAAAGUACGUAAUUUGGCUGUUAAUUUUGCUACUCGCCAAAUUCUAGAAGAAAUAGAAAAUCCUGAGGUCCUGAGGAUUAGGAUUUCAGGAAGAAAUGGUAUAAGAGUAACAUCAGCAGUGAAAGAUCUACCACAGAUACGGCAAAGGUUUAAUAUCGUGAUUCAGGUUGAUGCCUCAUUAUAUCCGAAUAUCAGAGGUAUUGAAGAGAAUAUCGCAACACAAUUAGGCUUCUCAUUGAACAUACAUAUGUUAAAUAAAUUCUUGAAAACCACAAGCUUCUUAAUCUUUCUGGAUGACAUUAAUGAAAGGAUCGAUCUGUAUGAAGUGGGGAGUGAGUGGUGGAACUCAGAGAACAUUCAAAAAAUAGUUUGCACGACUAGAUCCCAGAAAGUUUGUCAAAGAAUGGCAGUGGAUCGAGAAAUCAGGUUGGAUGAUCAUCUGUUAUCCUGGGAAUUAUUUUGUAGGAAUGUUGGCAACAUUGUGCAUUCUUCAGGUUUCCAACACAGAGCCACAGAUGUGGUUCAAAAGAGUUCUGGCCAUCUACUUGCCGUUGUUCUAAUGGCAAGAGCUUUGAAUAUGGUCUUCAACGUUAGCAACUGGGAACAUGCAUCUUAUUUGCUAAGCUUGCCGCAUAGAUCUCAGAUGGAAGAUAGAGUUUUGUAUAAUGCACUAGCAUUCAUUAUGGGGCGGUGUUCAGGUUCAGCACAUGAAUGUGUAAAAUACUGUGCAUUUUACAUGGAGAGGGAAGGGGCGAACAAAUUAGAUUUGAUUCAGGAGUGGAUCAGACAUGCGUUAAUCAGCACAUUUGAUGAAGGACUAAAGAUGGUUCGAGGCCUUGUCAAUGCCUUCUUGUUAGAGAGUUCUCAGAAUGGAUAUUCCGUCCGAAUGCGAGAUGAAAUCCAUGAGGUGUUAGUAAAUUCACAAUUUCUUUUGCAAGGUGGAAAGGGUCUUGCUAAGGCACCAACAGAUGAGGCAUGGGAGGAAGCCACGGAAAUCCAUUUGAUGAAUAAUAAAUUUUCUGAGCUGCCAAGGGGUCCAAAUUGUCCCCAACUCUCUGCAUUGUUCUUACAAAAGAACCCUUUUUUGCGAGUUAUUCCUCCAUCGUUCUUUCAACGUAUGCCUAUGCUCCAAAUCCUAGACUUGUCCCAUACUAAAAUAAGAUCUUUACCACAAUCUCUUUAUGGGUUGUCGCAACUGCAAAGACUCUUUCUGAGAGGCUGUAAACUCUUCAUGGAGUUGCCACCUGAAGUUGGAGAACUCAGUAAUCUUAAGGUGCUUGAUCUCGAGGGGACUGAAAUCAUAAGGCUACCUAUGGAUGUUGGAAAAUUGACAAAUUUAACCUGCUUGAAAAUGUCAUUUAUGGGGAUAAUGACAACAAAAAGAUAA